AUGUCAUUUCAAAACUUAACUCACACUCCCAAGUCAACGCGGCGAGUUGCUCGCCUCCUCUUCUCCUGUAAAGUCCUCUCUUAUGUCUGGCGGAGCACAUUAAGAAAAAAAACUCCAGGAGGUGAAAUAAAAGUGUGAAGACAAACUUCUGUACCAGAGACGAAGCAGAAGGAUUUUACACCAGUAACCCCGGGAUCAGAGCCCCUCUUUCUGCGGGCAAAGGCGGCUCAACUUUUUUUUUUUUUUUUCUUUUUAAACAACUGCAACCACAAAAAAAAACAAUGAAUCGGAGCUUUAAUAAAUCGCAACCUUUGCGAUCUGCGGAUUGUAACGCCGUGGAAGUGAAAAGCAAGUAUGGGGCAGAAUUUCGUCGGUUCUCCGUGAACCGGGUCAAGCCGGGGAAGUUUGAGGAGUUUUACAAGCUCAUCCUGCACAUUCACCGCAUCGCCAAUAUGGAGGUGAUGAUUGGCUACGCCGACAUCCAUGGUGAUUUGCUGCCAAUCAACAAUGAUGACAACUUCUGCAAGGCAGUGUCAACAGCUCAUCCUCUGCUCAGGAUCUUCAUACAGAGACAAGAAGAGGUCGACUAUGCUAACUUUGGCACCAACACAUUAACUCGUAAGAAGAAGGCGGGGGUUGCACUGCGCAAUAAUGACGUCAACCGCAAGCGGCCACACAUCCGCAUUGGCAUGCCCCAGGACUUCCGGCCAGUGUCCUCCAUCAUCGAUGUGGACAUCCUACCUGAAUCUCACCGCCGUGUCCGACUGUAUCGUCACGGCUCAGACAAACCCCUGGGCUUUUACAUCCGUGAUGGAACCAGCGUGCGAGUGACGCCACAUGGGCUCGAGAAAGUACCGGGCAUCUUCAUAUCUCGGCUGGUACCUGGAGGGUUGGCGGAGAGCACUGGGCUGCUGGCGGUUAAUGACGAGGUGCUUGAGGUGAACGGCAUUGAGGUGACUGGAAAGUCUUUAGAUCAGGUUACAGAUAUGAUGAUUGCCAACAGCCACAACCUGAUUGUGACUGUCAAGCCGGUGAACCAGCGUAAUAAUGUGGUCCGCAGCAGCAGGAUCUCAGGGAGCUCUGGCCAGUCAUCUGACAGCAGUGGGUCGACUGGCUACCCGAGUUUGUCAGUGGCCUCAGGGGGGGUGUUAUCCUCUGGAGCACAUGGAUACCAAGACGACCUGGAGAGUGAUGAAGAGACCGAUAUUGUCAUUGAGAGCAGCCUGAAGCGGCCAUCUCAGAGGUCCAAUGCUUCCAUGGCGUCCAAUGUGUCUCGCACACACCCGCAGACAGCAACAACAGCUUCAGGCCCAGUGGCACCACCAAGCCCUCCCACACGUCCUGCAUCGGUUGUCUCCACCACCUCCUUCCACUCCCAGCCAAGCCUCAAUGGAGGGUCCCAUCACCACCAACACAGCAGCCUCAGCUACCAGCUCCAAAGAGACCUGAACCUUCAGCACAACCCGCACCAACAGUCCCAGCACCGCCAUCACCACGUACAGCCUCCGCAUCACAGCAGCAACCCAGCCCUCCGCCACAGCAACGGAAGCCUGCACAAAAUCCUCAGCUCCAUGAAAACGGACCCACGACACAGUCUUGCGCUGCCCAGGGGAGGGGUGGAGGAGGAUGGCACCGUUAUUACCCUAUAAUACAUAGAAACACACAGACAGAAACAUCCCAACUGCUCAGAGACUAAAACUGGAACACCGGGCUGGAUCAAUAUGAGCAUGAGUGUGUUUGGUCAGAUACUAAUUGUGUAACUUCUCUUUGUUUUUACAUGAUAAAUGAUAAUUGAAAGUUACAAGCCAGGAAACAAGGCAAACACAUUGUAUAUAUUUCUUGUAUUUUUUAAGUUGUCUUCGUCUUCCAUGAAAAGAUUUGUACGUAUGUAAGUAAAAAGCAUCAGAACAAACUGUUUUUAGGUGAGUCCACUGUAUCCUAGAGUUCUGAAUGUGCCUACAGCCUAAUAUCUUUUGUUAGUGACCACUUUUUUAAGAUCAUUUUCAUUCUUCUAUUGGGACCAACUUGGGGUUGCUUAUGGAUGUUUUUAAAGAGUAAAUCUAUAUUUCUUAUAUUCUGAUAAAUGCUGUGUAGAGUAUGAUUUUUUUAAUAGGUCUUUUAUGCAUUGAUGAUUGUGAUCAAAUCCUUGUAUCUGUUCCAAUAAAUUAUUCUAAGAAAUGUGA